GGGCUAACUUUGCAGCAGCAGUAUUUCAAAACAUCAACAAAAUUUCGCCGCCAAAAAUUGCCCUGGCUGUUGCAUUUGAUCCACGAUUUUGUUUCCAAAAUCUCUGCUUAAUAUGCCAGAAUCUCGUGUUAACGAAGGCGCAUCCGGUUCCGGUUCCUCGAAGGACUCUGCGGCCAGCAAAAAGAAGAGUUUACCCUGGAUCGAAAAGUAUCGUCCUCAGAAGUUUGAGGAGAUCGUUGGGAAUGAGGACACCGUUAGCAGACUGGGCGUUUUUGCCACCCAGGGCAAUGCUCCGAACAUCAUCAUUGCCGGUCCACCUGGAGUGGGAAAAACAACUACGAUUCUGUGCUUGGCUAGAAUCCUGUUGGGCGAGAACUUCCGGGAAGCGGUCUUAGAGUUGAACGCAUCCAACGAGCGAGGCAUUGAUGUCGUUCGAAACAAGAUCAAAAUGUUUGCCCAGCAGAAGGUGACUCUGCCCCGAGGGCGCCAUAAGAUUGUGAUUCUCGAUGAGGCAGACAGCAUGACCGAGGGCGCUCAACAAGCGCUGAGAAGAACGAUGGAAAUCUACAGCAACACAACCCGUUUCGCGUUGGCUUGCAACACCAGUGAGAAGAUUAUCGAGCCUAUUCAGUCACGGUGCGCAAUGCUGAGGUUUUCCAAGCUUUCGGAUGCGCAGAUCUUGGCUAAGCUUAUCGAAGUCUGUCAGAAGGAGGGAUUGAGCUAUGAUGAGGACGGUUUGGAAGCGAUUGUAUUCACGGCUCAGGGUGACAUGCGACAAGCGUUGAACAACUUGCAGUCGACGGCUAACGGUUUCGGACACAUCAGUGGGGCAAACGUGUUCAAGGUGUGCGACGAACCCCAUCCGAUGUUGGUGCAGGAUAUGUUGGAGCACUGUAUCAAAGGCGACAUCCACAAGGCGUACAAGAUCAUGGCCAAGCUUUGGCGGUUGGGAUACGCUGCGGAGGACAUUAUCGGAAACGUGUUUCGGGUUUGCAAGCGGAUGAACAUGAACGAGAAAUUGAAGUUGUGCUUCAUUCGGGAGAUUGGCGAAACGCACAUGAAGAUCGUGGAUGGACUCAAUUCAUUGCUGCAGAUGUCUGGAAUGUUGGCCAAAUUGUGCGAAGUUUCCUAUGAUUACUCGUAAUUGAUUGCUUCUUUGUAGUUUCCACAUUGUAAGAUAAAUUUAAGUUUUCCAAAUG